AGCGGCUGCAGCAGCAUCUGCGAGCAUCCCCGGGCAACCUCGGGCGGACGGACCGACGGACGCAGGACGCCCAGGGCGCCCGGCCGGCCGGGGCUGGCCAUGGAGGGAGCCUCAUUCGGCGCAGGCCUCGCGGGGGCCGCCCUGGACCCCGUGAGCUUCGUGCAGCGACCCCAGACCCUGCUGCGGGUCGCAUCCUGGGUGUUCUCCAUCGCGGUCUUCGGCCCCAUCAUCAACGAGGGCUACGUGAACGCUGGCAGCGGCCCCGAGCUGCGCUGCGUCUUCAACGGGAACGCGGGCGCCUGCCGCUUCGGCGUCGCGCUGGGCCUCGGGGCCUUCCUGGCCUGCGCCGCCUUCCUGAUGCUCGACCUGCGCUUCCAGCAGAUCAGCAGCGUCCGCGACCGCCGCCGCGCGGUACUGCUGGACCUGGGCUUCUCAGGGCUCUGGUCCUUCCUGUGGUUCGUGGGCUUCUGUUUCCUCACCAACCAGUGGCAGCGCACGGCGCCCGGGCCGGGCCCCACGCAGGCGGGAGACGCAGCGCGCUCCGCCAUCGCCUUCAGCUUCUUUUCCAUCCUCAGCUGGGUGGCGCUCACUGUGAAGGCCCUGCAGCGGUUCCGCCUGGGCACAGACAUGUCUAUCUUUGCCACCGACCAGCUGGGCGCAGGUGCGGGCCAGGCCUACCCCGGGUACCCGGUGGGCAGCGGAGUGGAAGGCACGGACACCUACCAGAGCCCGCCCUUCACCGAGACGCUGGACAGCAGCCCCAAAGGCUACCAGGUGCCUGCCUACUAGUGGCCGGCUCAGCCCGGCUGCCUGCCCGGCCAGCAUUGGACUCCAGCUGUCUGGGGCCCAGAGGGGGUGGCCUGCAGGCUGCCAGAGUGUCUCCGAAAGCCCUCCCAGGCCCUGACUUCCUAGGUCCAGGCCUGAAGCC